AUGUCGGGUGGCACACGCGGGUCCGGCAUGGAUCUCUGCCACAUCGUCUUGCUCUUCCUGUGCCUCGGAACUGCCCAAAGUGGGGGUCGGGCGCACGCGGAGUCCUUCCUGUGGGGCCUCACGCGACACUGGGGAUUCCCGCGAGGGGACUAUCCACGUUACAUCCAAAGCCUAGCGGGGAGCCUGUUGAACGUCAACCUUCAGGGCUCCACCCACACCUUCAAGACAAAGAGAAUCCAGAGUGUGGCCGUGGACCUGUCCUGCACCAACUUCACAGGCCUCUCUCUCGCUACGGUCAGCAGCAGACGGGCCUCACCCUAUCAUGCCGUGGACUUCCCAGCCGAGGUGGCCCGGAAUGCCUGCCAGGCCGGUCCCCAGAAGAUGCGUUUCAUCUGUAUCUACUUCUUCAUGUCCUUCUUCUUCCAGUCUGAGAGCAAAGCAUCUCUGCUGAAUAACUAUGUGCUUGGUGCCCAGCUGGGCCGCGAACAUGUGAAUGGCCUCAUGGAGCCGGUGGACAUCCGAUUCAGCCACAACCAAAGCCUGGAACGCUACACAGUAACCUGUGUGUUCUGGAACGAGUCCAAAGACAGCCAAGACUACUGGGGGGAGUGGAGCCCCGAGGGCUGUGACACCGAGCUCUCCUCCCAGUCCCAAGUACUCUGUCGCUGCUACCACCUCAGCUACUUUGCAGUUCUCAUGCAGCUCACCCCGGGCCCCGUGGAAGUGCUCGAGCCUCUCUUCUACAUCAGCAUCGUGGGCUGCAGCAUCUCCAUCGUGUCUUCGCUGGUCACGGCGCUGCUGCAUUUCCGUACCAGGAAGCAGGGUGAGUCCUUGACGAGCAUCCACAUGAAUCUGCACGGCUCCGUGCUGCUCCUGAACGUCUCCUUCCUGCUGAGCUCGGUGCUGGCCACAUACCAGGAGUCCGAAAUCAUGUGCACGGUCCUGGGCGCCGUCCUGCACGGCGCCCUGCUCAGCUGCUUCUCCUGGAUGGCCAUCGAGGGCUUCAACCUCUGCAUCCUCCUGGGGCGCGUCUACAACAGCUACUUCCGCCGCUACGUGCUCAAGCUCUGCGUGGUGGGCUGGGGGCUCCCGGCCUUCCUGGUGCUGCUGGUCCUUAGCAUCGAGAAGUCCGCGUACGGGCGCUACAUGGUGCCCUUCACCGACAGCCAGGGCAACAGCUCUGCCUCCCGCAAUGUGUCCCUGUGCUGGGUGUGCAGUCCCAAGGUGCACGCCGUCCUGGUCAUAGGCUACGGGGGCGUCACGUGCCUCUUCAACCUGGUGGUGCUGGGCUGGGCGCUGAGGAUCCUGCACAGGCUGCGGGCCCAGGAGCAGGCGCUGGGUGCACAGGCCCGGCGGGACGCGGUCACCGUGCUGGGCCUCACCGUGCUGCUGGGCACCACCUGGAUCCUGGGCUUCUUCUCCUUCGGCGUCUUUCUGGUGCCCCAGCUCUUCCUCUUCACCAUCAUCAACUCGCUUUAUGGUUUCUUCCUCUUCCUGUGGUUCUGCUGCCAGAGGUGGCACUCGGAGGCCAAGGCCAAGACGGAGAUGGAGACGGUCAGCACCUCCCGGAUUAUUCAGUAG